AUGGACGAUUCAAACACCAGACCCAAGUAUGCAGCAGUCAAGACAUCAGACGUGGAGAUCAAAGACAACCCUGCAACAAUGUCUAGGAGAUACUCCGACAUUGUAACCAGUGCUCUCAUAACGACGAUUCCUAUUCUCAUCCUGUCUGGUGUGCUUCUGGCCCUUGUCUUUAAUCUUUCGGUCGUCCAAGGACCCUCGAUCUUCUCGCAAGACCAACAAGAUACUCUCGACGAAGCUGGAGUCUAUUAUGUGAACAUCAGUUCGACCUAUCUCGUGUUCAUCGCUUCAUGGUCCAGUAGCGUUGUACCCAUGCUUGCGACAUUCUUGUUGACUCUGGCAUCAUUGCUGGUGAUAUUCGCCGACACUUGGCUGCACAUUGCAACCAAGACAGUGACCUUCACUCAAUUGCUUGAGGCCAAUGAUUCCCCUGCGUCCUACGGUUUUGGGCUCAAGGAACCAUGCACACUCACCAACAACUCCUACGAAAGUUCCACAUCUGGUGGAGCAUGCAGUCUCAAUCCGGCAGCCACGAACACGUUCCUUAUGAAUGGAACCCAAUCACUGCAAAUCCUGAACAACGUAUCUUCUCUGGCCACUGUUUCCACAAUCAUAUCUGGACAAGAGUAUGCUUAUCUAGCAGUUCCACCUUCGGAGAAGUUGGCCGAUGAAGAUUGGAGAGCUGAAUCAUUUGCCCUACAAACUCAGUGCCGUCUUGCAUCCGAAGAGUGCAAUAUGGAAGCUACCCACGGCACCAACACCCCAUUCAAGUCAUUCUUCACAGACAGUAUCAUGUCUGAUAAUAGCACGUAUCUUGGAGUGGAGAAUCCUUUCUAUUUUGGCAUGGCAGCUCUUGUAAAUCCAAGCAUUGGCAACUACAGAGUGCCGGAUACUGUGGUUCCUGUGCACGGAGGUACCGCCUUUGUACUUCUUUGCAAUACUACCGUCCUAGACGUGACGUAUGAUUCCAUCAAUGGAACCAUCUCAAAUUUCAGUGGCGUCCUCAGCAAUGUGUCGACUGCCAACAUCUGGCAGAGCGUCAUGUCAUCUACAUCCGUUGGCGACUACAACCUGAAGCAGGCGGCAAGCCUCGCAGCCAUGGGCGAUUCGUCUCAGAAAUUUGCUGACGACAUGGCGUUGGCAUUCAGCAAGACAGCACUGGCUGUUGGCGCUCAAGCAGUAGAGAAACGACCACCUCUCGCUGUUCAGUUGAGGUUCUCGUUCCUUGUAGCCAGGGUUCCAGCUGCCCCACUGUAUACGCUUAUCGGAGCAAACAUGCUUGUUGUCUUUGCUGGAGUUAUGCUCACGAUCAUCGCCCUGGUAACUUCGAAAGGCAAGGUCAAGGAAGUCCAAAGCAGGUUGUCGAUUGUUGGUCUUGUCGCAGAUCGAUUCGAGGGUAAGACAGCUAGGUUGGCAGCCAAGGAUCUCGAUGAACUAUUCCGCGAGUCCAAAGGUCAAGAAACUUCGAGAGUUGGUAUAGAUAGUGCUGCUGAAGGUGGUUUUGAGUACAAGACCUGGAAUGAGGAAAGACUCCGAGACAUCGUCCCUUGA